UAAAAGAACAAAAAAAAAUACUGAAGAUAAUUUAUCUCAAACAAAAGCUGAAAAUGAACAGAUGUCAGUUAAUAUGGAUGCAGUAACAUCAGUCGACCCUUUCAAAUUAAAUCAAGAAUCUCAGACUGAUGAUGUUAAUUUUGUUGCUAAGCUACAUUCUAAAGUCAAAACUUUGAGUAAAAAUAAUGUUGAAUUAAAGAUUACAAUAAACAAAGUUAUAACAUCAUCUGUUUCUCAAUAUAUUUCGUUUGAAAAACUAAAAGAUGAUAAUUCACUUUUAUCUUUUUAUACUGGUUUGCCAAAUGCAAAUUUAUUUUUGUGGUAUUUAUCAUUGUUUAAUGAUUGUGUAAAACCAAUGAAAAAUAUACCAAUGGAAGACCAUUUAUUGCUAAUAUUAAUGAAAAUGAAACUUGGAUUUUUAAAUAAAGACUUGAGCUUUAGAUGUGGUUUUUCUGAGCCAACAGUCACUAGAAUAUAUAGAUCUUGGCUUCCAAUUAUUGCUGAAAGUGUUAAGUUUUUAAUUGUUUGGCCAGAAAAGCAUGUUUUGCGAAGAAAUUUGCUAACAAGUUUUUGCAAAAAGUUCUAUAAUUAUGUUGCAAUAAUUGAUUGCAUGGAAAUACUCAUUGAAAGACCUUUUAGUCUUCAUGCUCGAGCUCAAACUUGGUCAAAUUAUAAAAACAACAACACAAUUAAAUAUCUCAUUGGUAUAACUCCAUCAGGUGCUGUAAGUUUUUUAUCCCCUGGAUGGGGUGGUAGAGUUUUAGAUAAAGAAAUUACAAUUAAAUCUGGAUUUUUAGAAAAAAUAACCCAUGGAGAUUGUGUACUUGCUGAUAGAGGAUUUACACUUGUUGAAGAAUUUGCUACAAAAGGUGGGAUUUUAAAAUUACCAAAGUUUACCAAAGAAAAAAAGCAGAUGUCUUCUGCUGAAGUUGAUGAAUCACAUCAAAUUGCACAUGUAAGAAUCCAUGUUGAAAGGGUAAUUGGAUGGUUAAGAAAAUUUCGAAUUCUUCAGAACAUUAUCCCAUUAACUCAAGUUGGUUUACUUGAUGAUGUUAUGGUAACAAUAACUUCAUUAGUAAAUAUUAACAGUAGUGUUGUUCCUCCAAGCUCAUAGGAGUGAAAAACCUUUUUAUUUUAACUUUAUUUUGUAUUAUCUUACAUUUGGAUUGUCUCAAGUACUCUCGAGUCCUUAAUACAAGGGGAAGGGGGUGGUUAGUCAAGAUCUAAUAAAAGUAGGGGGUGAGAAUUUAUACUAAAAGUUUUAUUAUUUAUUAGUUACUAGUAUAUAUUUUGUAAAUUAUAAGGCCAAUUUUCACUGAAUUAUUUUUUUAGUUUCGAUAGUUUUAGAAACUUUUUGUUGAUAACAAGUGAAAAUUAAUAAACAGAGUGGUCUUAAUAAGCUUAAGGUAGGUGGGAAAGUUUUCAAAAAUUUAAUAGAAAUCCCCCCUACCCUUCUAAUAAAGACUCGAGAGUAGUAAAUUUUAUAUUACUAAAUAAUAAGAAUUGUUAACAGUUUA